AUGCCUCCGAGCCCCGCCAACACGCACAACAGCAAGUGGCGCCAGCGCCUGCGCAAUCCCUGGGCCUGCUCGCUCGCCACCCUCUUGACCACGCUGGCUGCCAUGGCCGCCAUGGCCCUCAUGGCCCAGUCCUUCCUCACCCGCCAGCAAGACGUCAAGGGCUGCGGCAUGUCGUAUAUGCGCCCCACGUACUCGCGCUUCAGCCAAUUCGACACAGAACACACGCGAUUUGCAACAAAAUACUCGCUGUAUCUGUAUCGGGAAGGUAGCUUGGACGAAGAUACCAGGGCACGUCACGGCGUCCCCGUCCUCUUUAUCCCUGGAAAUGCAGGCAGCUACAAGCAAGUGCGCUCUCUCGCUGCCGAGGCUGCCUACCACUACCACAACAAUGUGCAGCACGAUGUGGAUGCCGGCAAGGCGGGCAAGCGUCCGCUGGACUUCUUCUCCGUCGACUUCAACGAGGACAUUACCGCAUUCCACGGCCAAACCCUGCUGGACCAGGCCGAAUAUCUCAACGAUGCCAUAACCUACAUCUUGUCGCUCUACCACACCCCGGGCAAAUUUCUUCGCGACUCGUCGCUGCCAGACCCUACGUCAGUCAUCAUUGUCGGACAUUCCAUGGGCGGCAUUGUCGCCCGCACCAUGCUCACCAUGCCCAAUUACCAGGCCAAUUCAAUCAACACCAUCAUUACGCUCGCCGCACCCCAUGCUCGCCCCCCGGUGUCGUUUGACGGGGAUAUCGUCCGUACCUACCAGGGUGUCAACGACUACUGGCGACGCGCGUACUCGCAAAAGUGGGCCAUUGACAACCCCCUCUGGCACGUAACGCUCAUUUCCAUUGCCGGGGGCAGUCUGGACACGAUGAUUUCGUCCGACUACACGAGCAUCGCCUCGUUGGUCCCCGAGACACACGGCUUUACCGUCUUCUCAACCUCGAUGCCCAAUGUCUGGACCGGCAUUGAUCACUUGGCCAUCACCUGGUGUGAUCAGCACAGAAAGGCUGUCGUGCGCGCCCUGUACGACGUCAUCGAUGUGUCUCGCGCGACGCAAACUGUACCACGUGCCGAGCGAAUGCGCGGUUUCAAAAAAUGGUUUCUGACAGGCCUCGAGGACGCGGCCGAAAAGACGUUGCCACAUGAGGAAGCCAAGACGCUGCUCACGCUCGAGGCAAAUAGUGCUAUUGUCUCGGAAGGCGAGCGACUGGUGCUGCGUAGCCUGGGGAAAUCAAAACGCCGGCCCAACGCACACCUGAUGCCCGUGCCGCCUCAAGCACAGGGCAAAAAGUUCACGUUGCUCACAAAUGAACAGCUCGACCAACCGGGCAGUCACGGCAUCCUCGAGGUGCUGUUUUGCAGCGUCUUUCCCUCGCAGCCAGGACAGUCGACGACGCUCUUCUCCAUGAACAUGGACCUUUCGGGCGACAGCUCGGGCGCUACUCGCCUUGCUUGCAAGAACGCUGCAUCGGAUGUAAUUACUCUUCCGGCAUCGACUCGCUACUCGACACAGCCGUUUGAGACGGAGCGCCCGUUUUCCUACCUCCAAUACGACAUGGAACAUCUUGCCGAACACCAGUUUGUGGCCGUCAUCGACAAAGCUGGCGAGCAGAGCUCCGGCUGGGUAGUGGCUGAAUUCAGCUCUGCUUUUGAUUCUCAAAUCCAUGUCGACAUGGGCCUGCAGCGCCUGCUGACGACUGGCCUUUCGCUUCGCCUUCCGUCAAAUCGCCCUCUCAUGACCGAUAUCAAAGUUCCCGCGUUGCAUUCUGCUCUCUUGGCCUACAACAUGCAUAUCGGCAAGCAAUCAUGCGAUUCUGGAGAGCUCUUCGCUCCGCUGCUCCGUCAGUACGUUACUGAUGUCCACGAGAGUCGAUUCUCCGUCAACGUAAGGGACGCUGAAAUCAGCCUGCAUGGAGUCGCGCCCUAUAUGCCGCCUGCGCUUCAUGUCAAGCAACCCCAGAACGGUCUAUCUUUGCAGAUCUGGUCUGACCCUACGUGUGACAGCAGCAUCCAAAUCACGCUCAAAGUCGACUUUCUGGGCAGUCUGGGCAAGCUAUGGAUGCGUUACCGCAUUGUUUUUGCCGCUUUUCCGAUCCUCGUUGUAGCCCUGGUUCUGCGCCAACAAUUCCGAACGUACGACAGAGAUGGCGUCUUUACGAGCUUCUCCCAAGGACUCAAUGAGUGCUUGACGACUUCGCUUCCGCUCGCCCUGUCUGCGCUUACCUUUUUGUCGAUUGCGCUGGCCACUGCCCAGUACCAGUCGAAGAAAUGGUUCCUCGGCAGCAAGUCUGCCAACAUGACGCUCUUUGAUGACGCCAACAAUGAGCUUCUGCUUGGUUCCGACGAUACCUUUUUUUGGUUUCUCGUUCCUCUAUUUGGCCUAAUGUGUAUUGGCGUUUGUGUUGCUGUCAACUAUGUUGCCAUGCUGCUUGAAGUCAUCUUUGCAUCCAUCUACUCCAUGGUCCUAACGGCCAGGCUGCGAAAAGACGAUGGCAAGAGAACACCAGCAGCUUUUGCAGUAACUUCAAACCGACAGCGUGUCAUUACGACAUGCAUUCUGUUGUCGCUCGUUUCGACAUUUAUCCCUUACCACUUUGCCUACGUUGUGCUCUGUCUCGUCCAGCUUGCAACCAGCGUUCGCGCUCUCCGCCUAGCAAAGGAGUCUGGUAUCGACUCCAACUACAACUUUUACAACUACGCACACUCAAUAUUUAUCCUAAUGCUCUGGAUCCUGCCAAUCAACCUCCCGGUCUUGGUAGUCUGGAUACGAAAUCUUGCUGUUCAUUGGCUGACACCCUUUUCGUCUCACCACAACAUCCUCUCCAUCAUGCCGUUUAUCCUACUGGUGGAGACGCUGAGCACCGGACGCAUGGUACCUCGCGCCGAGUUCCGCGCCUCCUUUUUUACAAACAUGUUGCUUUUUUCGAUUGGCGCCUACGCCGCCAUCUACGGCGUUACGUAUGCCUAUGUAUUGCACCAUCUGGCAAACAUACUGUGUGCAUGGCUCGUAGCCAUACAUUUUGACCCGUCGACGUGGCCGCAAAAACGAACAAGCAGCACCAACGCAAUAGUAGAAAGCAGCAGGAGUCCAGACAGCAAGACGAAGAAACGACCAUGA